ACACGGUCUUGGAGGUCACGUGACGGUGUAACAGCUGCCCCGGAAAUCGACUGUCCUGAGGGUGUGAGCGAGAGACAGAGAGGGGAGAAGAGCUGAACACCACACUUAGGACCAGGCUGAGAAGAUGGGAGCUGUGUUGACAAUGUAAACAAAAUUCCAGAAAAUGGCUGCCGGCCCUGCCAGCUCCUGGUCUGAUCGCCAACGACUGGUCCCCGAGAGAGAGCAGAGGUCAAGUGAGGAGCAGGUAGACUGGGUUGCGGGCGUGGUCAGUCAUCUGGCCCUGGGGCUCGCGCUGCUGGGUCUGGCUUUCGCGGCAUUUGGCUUUUUGUACCCACGUGACCUGCAUCGCGAUGCUGGCGCCACCGCACGCGAGAACGAGUCUGCAGACGAGGCCUACAUGAAGCUGUCAACCGCCCUGGACGCCGUCAUCAUCACAGGUAUGAUCAUGAUCGCCUUGGGUGGCCUGAUACUAGCCGCCCUCUUCACAAACUCAGUCUUGUGUGACCAAUGCCGGGCAAAGAAAACACCCAGCGGGCACCAGACUGAGGCAGUGACGUCAUACCACAGCAUGACAGCCAUCAACGGUGCACAACAGCUGACCACAAGCCUUCCGCCAAACCCUCCGACACAGUCAUCGCAUCGAACUGCUGCCGUCUUGGACUACGGCACCGUACUGUCCACACUUCAGUGAUCACGUGACUACAACACCGUACUGUCCACACGUCAGUGAUCACGUGACUACGGCACCGUACUGUCCACACGUCAGUGAUCACGUGACUACUGCACCGUACUGUCCUCAAUUCAGUGAUCACGUGACUACGACACCGUACUGUCCACAUGUCAGUGAUCACG